AUGGGAAGGCGCCUUUGCUGGCGUGCCCGGCAUCGGGGCACCCACGGCCGCGCUGACGUCAUACGAUUACGUGCCUCGCCUUCCUCGCCUCACGAGUACGGACCCAUCCUUGGGCGCGACCCGACGGUGCAGAAGGCGUUGCUGAAGAGCUUAGGCUUGGUGGAGAAGGGGCUGCUCCGCUCUGUGCGAGCUGGCGUCGCCGAGACAUCAGAGAAGGGAGAGGCGAAGAGGGCUGCUUACUUGGCAAAACUGGGCAUCAAGCCCAAGAAGCCGAAGAAGUGGGACGUUGAACACAUGGCGCCAGGGGACAAAUAUGGAGGCUACGCGGAGCACCCCGACUUCGGGAGAAUAGACCUCAAAGUGACGAUUGACGCCGCGGGGGUUGCGACGUGGUCGUCCUCCAAGGGAAAUUUCGCAGAUGAAGUUGUCGAGGUGGUGCAGGACCAUUCAAUCGCUGAUGAGCAGGACCAGGAGCAGCGCAAGAAAGACAUCGCAGCCUACGUGUUCUCCAAGUUUAACUUUGCUUGGCGCGACUAUGCGAUCAACAAUGCUCCCAUGCCGACGAAGGAGGACGUUGAGUACCUCGACCUGCCAGGAAUGCAGCUCUGGUUCCUCCAGGUGGCGUCAGUGGAAGGCUACCCAUCGGAAGAAGAAUAUAAGGCUGGGUGCACGGACCCAUCCAAGGGCAUGUCGAUCGACGACUUCGUGAAAUUCGUUAGCGAGGACCCCACCUAUCUAGACGUCACCUUCCCCUCGUUCUACACUGGCAGGCGUAUCCGGAUCUUCGACAGCAAGUUGCAGCUCGACGGCGAUUUCUCCGAGAAGACCCAGGGCAAUAUCAUCGGGUUCGCGAACUACAGGGGGGCGCCGGGGGGCGAGUUCCUGCUCACGCUCUCGGCUUGA